UUAAUCGCUGCCAUCGCUACUUGUAUGUAAUUAUUUUGCAGCUGUGUUGUGUUUGUUCGGCGUGGUAAAUAGUAAAUGUUAGGGGAAAUGUUAUUCAAUUUUUAUGUAGAUUAAGAACUGCUAUAUUUAUAAAUAAGUGGGACUGUUGUCUAGGAUAGUUUUGAGCAAAGGUAGUUAAGCGAUAUGUUUCGCUUACGCCGACGGUAUACAUUGAUUUUAUGUGGUAUUUGUACUGGGGUGUUGUUGCUGCUUUAUCUACUAAUAUUAUUUUCGGCACCCGCGCAAGAUGGAAAGUCAAAUUAUUUGGCGAUCGUGUCGAAAUUGCAAUCUUUAGAGGAUGGGCUACACCGGCAUGGACAAGAGAUGAGACAUUUAAAGAUUCGUUUGGAUCGUCAAUGGGAACAAAGUAAGGACCAAGGGCGAGAAAUAAAUCAGCAACCACACAAUGGGGAGCAUGAUAUUUUAGAAAAGCCCGUGCUAGCCGAGCUGGAACAAUGUAGUUUUGAUUUUCAGCAGGUGCCACAGCCAGAUGUGCAGAUGCUGGAAAUGUACAAUGAGUGGACAUUUGCGGACGUUGAUGGCGGAGUUUGGAAGCAAGGAUGGAACGUUAAAUAUGAUCCACUUAGAUUUAACGAACAUAACAAAUUGAAAGUGUUUGUAGUGCCUCACUCCCACAACGAUCCAGGUUGGGUUAAAACAUUUGAUGAUUACUACGAGCACGACACCAAACAUAUAUUGUCAAACGCCUUGCGUCAUUUGCGCGAAAACCCAGACAUGACAUUUAUCUGGGCUGAAAUAUCUUACUUUUCACGUUUCUAUGAAGAUCUCGGGGAGCAUAAUAAGCAAGAAAUGAAAAAGCUUGUGCAAAAUCGACAACUCGAAUUUGUAACCGGUGGUUGGGUUAUGCCCGAUGAAGCAAAUUCACACUGGCUGAGUGUUUUAUUGCAACUAACCGAAGGCCAAACGUGGUUAAAAAAACAUUUUAACAUUACGCCAACAUCUUCAUGGUCCAUAGAUCCUUUUGGACACAGCCCUACUUUACCCUACAUUCUGAAAAAGUCAGGAUUUCAGAAUCUUCUUAUACAGCGCACACAUUACGCAGUGAAAAAGGAGUUGGCGCUGAAACGGCAGUUAGAGUUCUACUGGCGACAAAUUUGGGAUACUUCAGGCAGUACAAGUCUCUUUACACACAUGAUGCCAUUCUAUUCCUAUGAUAUACCUCAUACAUGUGGACCGGAUCCAAAAAUUUGUUGUCAAUUCGACUUUAAACGCAUGCAUGAGUUUGGACUUUCGUGCCCAUGGCGCGUGCCACCACAACCGAUCACGGAGCAAAAUGUUGCACAGCGUGCGGAAAUGCUUGUAGAUCAGUGGAAGAAAAAGGCCGAAUUAUACCGUACCAAUGCGCUUCUGAUUCCCUUAGGCGAUGACUUUCGUUUCAGUCAAAGCACUGAAUGGGAUGUGCAGCGAGUCAACUACGAAGCACUUUUCGAUCACAUUAACUCGGAGCAUCGUCAUUUUGUUGAGGCUAAAUUCGGUACUUUACAGCAAUAUUUCGAUGCUGUGCAUCAAGAACAGCGUGAUAAAAUGCGUGAAUUCCCCAUGCUUAGUGGGGACUUUUUCACUUAUGCGGACCGCUCUGACAACUACUGGUCAGGCUACUACACAUCUCGUCCAUACUAUAAGCGCUUGGAUCGUGUACUAUUGCAUUAUGUGCGUGCUGCAGAAAUGCUUUACUCAUGGCGAUUAUGGGACUCCUCUGCGAAAUUCGAUGAAAUGCUUCAAAAUGCACGACGCCAACUAUCACUGUUUCAACAUCACGACGGUAUAACAGGAACAGCUAAGACCCACGUGGUAAAGGAUUAUGCACGCCGUUUGAUAGAUGCUGUGACGACAUGUCAAUUCGUAAUGCAGCAGGCGGUUUAUAGACUGCUAACCAAACCAUCGAUCUAUAUACCCGACUAUAAGUUUCAUUACUUUUAUCUGGAUGACUCUCGUUGGCCUGGUCCUACUGAUAGCCGUAGCACGAUUAUUUUGGGCGAGGAACUGCCCUUAAAACACAUUGUUGUACACAAUUCUUUGGCGCAAUGGCGUGAAGAGAUGGUUGACUUCUAUAUUUCGAGUCCAUAUAUGAGUGUGACGGACUUCCAUGGAAAUCCCGUGCAAGCACAAAUUACGCCCGUUUGGACAUGGCAUAGACACAUACCUUCGAAUAGUAUCACACCACAAGCAUCUACUACGAAGUAUCGAUUGUUGUUCAAGGCUAAUGUCCCACCCUUAGGUUUAGCCACAUAUAUGAUACAAGUGCAAACAAGUCAAACUAAACAUACAUCGUAUGCGACGAAUCUCAUUUUAACCACGAACCCCACAUCCAUUAGCUUAGGGAAUUAUCCACAUGAAGUGAAAUUUGGAGAGCAUCGUCCUAUUUCCUUGCAUGUAGCUGGAGGUCCAACUGUAGCAUUUAGCGGUGACGGCCUUCUAAAAUCCAUACAAAUUGACGUUCAUGCACAGCACAUACCGAUAAAAUUAAAAUUUUACAAGUAUAGUGGUGAUACCUCCGGCGCUUACCUAUUCAUGCCACAUGGACCAGCUACGCCUUUGGUCGAUAUGGGCCCUCCUACAGUUCUUGUAAGUGAAGGUCCAUUGGAAGCGAGUGUGACCGUUGGGUUGCCUUUCGUGGUACAUCAGACACUUCUGCGAGGUGGCGCACCUGAAAUACAAAAUCUAGUGGAUAUUGGCCGCAUGGACAAUACUGAAAUAGCGAUGCGAUUUUUGACUCGUAUAAAGAGUGGUGACCUUUUUUAUACCGAUCUCAACGGAUUACAGAUGAUUAAACGCCGACGUUUGGCUAAACUGCCACUUCAAGCAAAUUACUAUCCCAUACCAUCAUCAGCUUACAUCGAAGACGAUACAUUGCGCUUGACAUUGGUGACAGGACAACCCUUAGGCGGUUCGUCGUUGAAUUCCGGCGAACUAGAAAUAAUGCAGGAUCGCCGUCUAACGCACGACGAUGAGCGCGGCCUGGGUCAAGGUGUGCUAGAUAAUCAGCCUGUUAUGCACAUAUUUAGAGUCGUUUUAGAGCGGAUAGAUACCUGCCUUAUGCUUUCGGAAACCCAUCCGUCAGGCGCCUUAACUCCAACCGCGCACUUGGCUUCGCAAACAUUACUUCAUUUCCUUGAUAAAUUUAUUUUUAUUGAAAAUAAUUGGUUGGGCGUGCAACCUUCUUUCGGGGAAAAACGAGGGGGUGUAGGUGAAGAUAUAUCCAUUGCGGUUUUAAGAAAUUUACCACCAUCGGUAACGAAAAUACCAGUAGCACAUGAUCGUAAGCCAAAGGAUUCAUUAACAAAUACUGGCGUUGUGGUACAUCGUACACUACUAUUGCAGUGUCGCGCCGACGAUCAACAAACAAGCUUUGUUAACUUGAGCAAACUGCUUAUGGUUGCUGCAGUCACCAGUGUUUACAAUACAAGUCUAACAUUCCUCCAACCUCCACAAAAGUUAGAUACUGUUGAAGCGAUUACUCUUUGCCCGCUGGACACGCAGGCAUUUAUAAUACAACAUCACAAUUAAUUUAGCAACCCGAAUAAUUUAGAAUUACCAGUGCUAGUUUUUAAAAACACCGAAUCUCAAAUCAUUGGAACAAGUUUAAAUGCAUUAUUUUAUGCGCCCCUUACUCAUUU